CUCCAGCGGUUUCCCGGCAGGGGGCAGGGCAGGGGUGGCCCCGGGCGGGUGUGCAGGUCAGGUUCCGCCUGCCGCCCCCCUUCGGCGGAGGGUGGAGGCGCCCUGGGCGGAGGUAAUCAGGCUGACAGAGUGAGAGGGCGGUGCUGCUCCUGGCUGGGGCGCUGACCAAUCCGGGAGCCACCUGCUGUCCCCCGUGGGGCGGCGGCAGGGACACCGCAUGGGGUCAUCUCAAGACCUUUGCCAGGACGGGGCUCAGGAGGGCUGCCUUCCCUGUACCCACCUGUCUUACCAAGCUCCUCCUGCCGCUGGCCUCUGUGCCGAGGAGAGACUCAAGUCAUUUUGGAUUAGGGCCAUUCCUCCUCUGUGACCUCAACUGAAUUACAUCUGCAAAGACUAUUUCCAAAUAAGGCUACAGUCGUAGGGAGCAGACGCAGUGGACCUUGGGUGAGUGAGUUCUACACAACAGGCUGAGCGUGAUGAAUGGCCACGCCUCUCCUCCUCUUGAUGUCCUGGUCACCAACAGCACUGACCCGGCCAUUGUCCCCAAGACCAUGAAGGCCGUGCCGGGAACCAGCACCCCUUCUGGGCCUCCGUCUGCCCAGCCUAAGAGCAUCGCUGGGGUGUAUGUGGAGGCCUCCGGCCAGGCACAGAGUCUCUACGCUGCCAUGAAGCAAGGCCUCCUGCCCGUUGAGCUUGGGCUGGCUCUGCUGGAGGCCCAGGCGGCCACCGGGGGCCUCGUGGACCCCACGCAAGGCCGGUUCCUCCCUGUGUCCGAGGCCCUGCAGCAGGGCCUGGUGGGCCUGGAGCUAAAGGAGAAGCUGCUGGUGGCCGAGCGCGCGGUCACUGGGUACCCUGACCCCUACGGUGGCGGGAAGCUGGCACUUUUCCAGGCCAUCGGGAAGGAGGUGGUAGACGGAGCGCUGGGGUGGGGCUGGCUGGAGGCCCAGCUGGCCACGGGGGGCUUGGUGGAUCCCAUUCGGGGUACACGGGUGGCCCCGGAGCCGGCCUGUCAGCAGGGUCUCCUGGACCAGGACACGUGGCGUGGCCUGUCUGAGCGCAAGGCCAGCCCCAGUGCCCCUGGCUUCCUGGACCCCAACACCCUGGAGCGGCUGUCGUACCGCGAGCUGCUGGGCCGGUGUGUGAGAGCCCCUUGCACAGGGUUGGCGCUGCUGCCCCUCAAGACCACCUUCCCCACCCUGAGUGGGGCAGUGAGCUUGGCCGAGCUGCUAGAGGUGGGGGUCCUGGAUGACGAGGCCGCCCGGGGCCUUCGGGAAGGCAGGCUGGCGGCCCGAGAGGUGGGCGCGCGGGCUGACGUGAGGCGCUACCUGCAGGGCACCGGCAGCAUCGCGGGGGCUGUCCUGCCCGCGGGCCACAAGAAGAGCUUCUUCCGGGCCAUCAGCGAGCACCUGCUCCCCAUGGGCACCGCGCUCCCGCUCCUGGAGGCUCAGGCCGCCACCGGCACACUGGUGGACCCGGCCACCGGCCGGCGGCUCCGAGUGGACGAGGCCGUCAGGUCGGGCCUGGUCGGCCCAGAGCUCCACAGGCAGCUCCUGGUGGCGGAAGAGGCGGUGACGGGGUACCAUGACCCCUUCAGCGGCGCCCGAGUGCCCCUCUUCCAGGCCAUGAAGAAGGAGCUGGUGGACAGGCCUCUGGCUCUGCGACUCCUAGAUGCCCAGCUGGCCACAGGUGGGCUGGUAUGUCCGGCCCGCAGGCUCCGGCUGCCCCCGGAGGCCGCCCUGCGCUUCAGAUGCCUGGACCAAGAGACUCAGCAGUGUCUGUCCCGGGCCACCGGCUUCUGGGACCCCAACACACAGGAGAGCGUGGGCUACGGGCAGCUACUGGCCCGCUGCGUCACCGACCCAGAAACAGGACUGGCCUUCCUCCCCCUCUCAGGGGGCCCCCUUGGAGAGGAGCCACAAGGACUCCCGUUCAUUGACCACAGCACCCGGGAGGCCUUGAGUGAGGCCAUGACCACCGUCGCCGUGGGCGAGUUCCAGGGCCGGCCCACAUCACUCUGGGACCUGCUCUUCUCUGAGCCCAUCCCUGCGCAGCAGCGGGCGGCACUGGCCCAGCGCCACAAGGAAGGCGCCAUCUCGGGGGAGGAGCUGGCAGCCGCGCUGAGGGCCACCCUUGAGCAGGCUGCAGCCACGGCCAGGACCACCUUUGCCGGCCUGAGGGUGCCCGUGGCCCCAGGAGAGCUGCUGAGAGCGGAGAUCAUCGACCAGGACACGUACGAGCGGCUGGAGCGAGGGCAGACCACAGCCCGGGAGGUGGGCAGGCUGGGCUCGGUGCACAGGUUCCUGCAGGGCACCGGCGGCAUCGCAGGCCUGCUGCUGCCGGGCUCCCAGGAGCGGCUCGCCGUCUACGAGGCUCGCGGGAGGGGGCUCCUCAGGCACGGCACGGCCCUCAUCCUCCUGGAGGCACAGGCGGCCACGGGCUUCAUUGUCGACCCGAAGGAAAACAAGAGAUACUCUGUGGAGGAGGCACUGAGGGCUGGCCUCGUAGGGCCUGACGUGUUUGCAAAGCUGCUGUCGGCCGAGCGCGCCGUCACCGGCUACACGGACCCCUACACCGGGGAGCGCAUCUCCCUCUUCCAGGCCAUGAAGAAGGACCUCAUCGUGCGGGAGCACGGCAUCCGCCUGCUGGAGGCCCAGAUCGCCACGGGCGGCAUCAUCGACCCGGUGCACAGCCACCGCCUGCCCGUGGACGUGGCCUACGAGCGCGGCUACUUCGACGAGGAGAUGAACCGCGUCCUGGCGGACCCGAGCGACGACACCAAGGGCUUCUUCGACCCCAACACGCACGAGAGCCUCACCUACCUGCAGCUGCUGGAGCGCUGCGUGGAGGACCCCGAGACGGGCCUGCGCCUGCUGCCCCUGAACGGCACCCAGCCCCCGCUCGUGGACGGCACCACCCGGCGGGCCUUCCAGAGCCUGCUGCUGUCGGGGAAGUUCGGGCGUUUCCAGGGGCAGAGAGUUUCCGCAUGGGAGCUGGUCAACUCAGAAUGCUUCAGCGAGCACCAGAGGAGGCAGCUCCUGCGGAGGUACCAGCAGCACAGCAUCUCCCUGGAGCAGGUGGCACAGUGGCUGGAGAGGGAGAUGGGGAGGUGGGCGGACAUCACGCUGCCCGGGCUGCGGGGCCCCGUCACGGCCUACCAGCUCCUGGAGGCCCGUAUCAUCGACCAGGAGCUCCUGGACCGGGUGCUGGAGGGGGCGGUCAGCCCCGAAGCCCUCCUCCACAUGGACUGCGUCCGGAGGUACCUACGCGGCUCCGGUGCCCUUGGCGGCGUGCUGCUGGGACCCGCCAGGCGGCGGCUCAGCCCGUACGAGGCCAUGAGGCAGAAGGUCCUGGGGCCAGGGGUGGCCCUCGCCUUGCUGGAGGCCCAGGCGGCCACUGGAGCCAUCGUGGACCCCCACAGUCUGGAGACCCUGUCGGUGGAUGAGGCCGUGCGCAGGGAGCUGGUGGGGCCAGAGCUGUAUCGCCAGCUGAGACAGGCUGAGGACGCUGUCACCGGCUUCCGAGAUCCCUUCUCUGGGAAGACGGUGUCCCUGUUCCAGGCCAUGAAGAAGGGCCUCAUCCCUGAGGAGCAGGCCGCCCGCCUCCUGGAUGCCCAGCUGGCCACAGGGGGGGUCAUUGACCCCACAGGCCACUACCACCUCCCCAUGCCCGUGGCCACCCAGCGGGGCUACAUAGACCAGGAGAUGGAGGAGGCCUUGUCCAGCUCAUCCGAGACCUUCCCCACACCGGACGGCCGGGGACACACCAGCUACGCCCGGCUGCUGGAGCAGUGUCUGAGGGACGAGGCUUCUGGCCUUUACUUCCUGCCCCUGCCCGAACACGCGCCGGCCAUCCCCACCGACAAGCAGGUGCAGGAGGCCCUACAGGCGGCGCAGGGGACUGAGGACGGCACGUCCCUCUGGGAGCUGCUGGGCUCUGGCCACUUCACCGAGGAGCAGCGGAACAGCUUCGUGGAGGACUUCAGGCUGGGGAGGAUCGCCUUGCAGGAGCUGCAGGCAGCUGUGCACAAGUGGGUGCGGGAGGCGGAACUCCUGGCACGGGCUCACGUCACAGUGCCCGGCCCCAGGGGUGAGGUUCCCGCCGUCUGGCUGUGUGACGCCGGCAUCAUCACCGCGGAGACCCUGGCGGCCCUGGCUCGGGGCACGCGGUCACCCGCGGAGGUCGCUGAGGAGCCCAGCGUGAAGGCCCGUCUGUGGGGGACGGGCUGCGUAGCAGGCCUGCUGUUGCAGCCAUCGGGGACCAAGGCCAGCAUCGGCCAGGCCAUGAGGGACGGCCUCCUACCCGAGGGCCUGGGGCGAAGGCUGCUGGAGGCCCAAGUGGCAUGUGGCUCCCUCAUUGACCCUCUGACCAGCCAGAGACUGUCUGUGGAAGGCGCAGUGAAGGCGGGCCUGGUGGGCGGGGCACUGAGCGAGCAGCUCCAGCAGGCCGAGAGGGCCGUGGCUGGGUACACCGACCCCUACACAGGAGGCUCCCUCUCACUGUGGCAGGCCGUGGAGAAGGGGCUGGUGCCCCAAAGGGAGGGCCUCCGGCUCCUACAGGUGCAGCUGGCCACGGGGGGUGCGGUGGACCCCGUGCACGGGGUGCACCUGCCCCAGGAGGCAGCCUGCAGGUUUGGCCUCCUGGAUGAGCAGGUCAGCCGGGUGCUGACCUCAAAAGACGAGGACAACAAGUUCUUCUUCGACCCCAGCACGCGAGACGAGGUGACGUACAUGCAGCUCAAGGAGAGCUGUGUCUCCGACAGAGACACCGGCCUCUGGCUGCUGCCGCUCGCCCAGGACACGGUGCUCGAAGUGGACGAGCACACGGUGCUGGCCCUGAGGGCCACGAAGGUACCUGUCAGCACCGGGAGGUUCAAAGGUCUCCGCGUGUCACUGUGGGACCUGCUGCACUCCGAGUACGUCGGCGUCCACAAGCGGCGAGAGCUGGCGGCACUCUGCCGGUCCGGGAGGGCCACAGCCAUGCGGCAGGUGGCUACGGCAGUCACCACCCUGGUCGAGGCUGCAGAGACACAGCCCUCACGGGCCACCUUUAGAGGACUCCGGAAGCAGGUGUCGGCCAACGACUUGUUCAGGUCCCAGCUCAUUGACAAGGAGACACUGGACGAGCUGAAUCAGGGGAGAAAGACUGUGCAGGAGGUGAAAGAGAUGGACAGUGUGAAGCGGUACCUGGAGGGAAGCAAUUUCAUUGCCGGGGUCCUCGUCCGGGGCACGAAGGAGAAGAUGAGCAUCUCCGAGGCCCUAAGGAGGGAUAUCCUGCGGCCCGGCACGGCCCUGGUGCUGCUGGAGGCGCAGGCGGCCACCGGCUUCCUCAUCGACCCCGUGCGCAACCAGAGGCUGACUGUGGAGGAGGCGUUCGCAUCAGGGAUGUUUGGCAGGGAAACCUACCAGAAGCUGCUGUCGGCCGAGCGCGCCGUCACCGGCUACACGGACCCCUACACCGGGGAGCGCAUCUCCCUCUUCCAGGCCAUGAAGAAGGACCUCAUCGUGCGGGAGCACGGCAUCCGCCUGCUGGAGGCCCAGAUCGCCACGGGCGGCAUCAUCGACCCGGUGCACAGCCACCGCCUGCCCGUGGACGUGGCCUACCAGCGCGGCUACUUCGACGAGGAGAUGAACCGUGUCCUGGCGGACCCGAGUGACGACACCAAGGGCUUCUUCGACCCCAACACGCACGAGAACCUCACCUACCUGCAGCUGCUGGAGCGCUGCGUGGAGGACCCCGAGACGGGCCUGUACAUGUUACAAAUUGUAAAGAAAGGAGAGACCUACGUUUAUAUCGAUGAAACCACAAAACAAGUCCUACAGUCCAGAACUACAGAAAUGCACGUGGGGAGGUUUGCCAAUCAGAAAGUCUCCUUCUGGGACCUGCUUUCCUCCCAGUACUUCCCAGAGGAAAGGAAGUGGGAACUCAUCCAGGAGUAUAGAGCCCAGAAUCUACCCCUCGAGCGGCUGCUGGAGCUCAUCACGGCUACCGUGGAGGAAACAGAAAAGCAGUACGAGGCGAUCCAGGUGCCAGGCAUCGGUGGGCAGGUGACAGCUGCAGAGUUGUUCAACUCUGGAAUCAUCGAUAAAAGGACCCUGGAUGUACUGCACAGAGAGGCACGGGGUGAGCAGGAUCUCAGCCGGUUGGCACAUGUGAAGACCUAUCUGGAAGGUCGUGGCUGCAUCGCGGGGGUGACUAUGCCCUCCACCCAAGAGGUGAUGAGCCUCUACGACGCCAGCAGGAAAGGACUCAUCCCCAUGGGGUUUGCGGCUCAGCUGCUGGAGGCCCAGGCAGCCACUGGGUUCAUGCUGGAUCCCUGCAGCCAUAGGAGGCUCUCUGUGCAACAGGCCGUGGCUGAGGGCCUGGUGGGUGAGGACGUGCAGGAAAGGCUUCUGGACGCCCAGAAGGCCGCCCAAGGCUACACAGACCCGGUCACGGGAGACAAAGUCCCGCUGUUCCAGGCCAUGAAAAAGAACUUAGUCAGAAGAGAGGACGCGCUCAGACUGCUUGAGGCACAGGAGGCCACAGGGGGUAUCAUCGACCCACAGCACCACCACCGCCUGCCUGUGGAUGUGGCCUACAGACGGGGGUGUCUACACCAGGACACCUACCCGCUCAUUUCAGAUCAGAAGCACAUGAAUAAAAGGUUUGUGGAUCCAAACACUCAGGAGAGGGUCACCUACCGACAACUGCAGGAAAGGAGCCAAAAGGAAGCAGGGACAGGCUGGGCGCUCUUCCCGGUGAUCAAGGACCAACAGAAGCCUGCCUACAUCGAUGAGCCAACGAGGAGGGCCCUGGAGGCUGAGCAGGUGGACGUACAGGUGGGAAGGUUCAAGGACCAGAAGCCAUCGCUGUGGGAGAUCCUGAACUCGGAAUACGUGACGGAGGAGAGAAAGCUCGACUUGAUAGGUGAAUACAAAAAAGGCACGGCCCAAGCGUUACAGAAGGCAGUAAACAUCAUCUUAGGAAUAAUCGAUGAGAGGGAAAAAGACAACAAACAAUUGUGGUUCCGAGGGAUCAGAAAACAAAUCACAGCUUCCGAACUGAUCGACUCUGGAAUCAUCACCCAGGAGAUGCUAGAGGAUAUGGUCAAGGGGGCCAUUACCUCAGAUGUCAUCGGAGAAAAAGAACAGGUCAAACGCUACCUGCAGGGCACGAGCUGCAUCGCGGGCGUGCUGGUGCCCGCCAAGGACGAGCCCGGGCGGCAGGAGAAGAUGGGCAUCUACCAGGCCAUGUGGAAGGGCGUCCUGCGGCCCGGCACGGCCCUGGUGCUGCUGGAGGCGCAGGCGGCCACCGGCUUCGUCAUCGACCCCGUGCGCAACCAGAGGCUGUCCGUGGAGGAGGCGGUGGCGGCGGGCGUGGUGGGCGGCGAGAUCCAGGAGAAGCUGCUGUCGGCCGAGCGCGCCGUCACCGGCUACACCGACCCCUACACCGGGGAGCGCAUCUCCCUCUUCCAGGCCAUGAAGAAGGACCUCAUCGUGCGGGAGCACGGCAUCCGCCUGCUGGAGGCCCAGAUCGCCACGGGCGGCAUCAUCGACCCGGUGCACAGCCACCGCCUGCCCGUGGACGUGGCCUACCGGCGCGGCUACUUCGACGAGGAGAUGAACCGCGUCCUGGCGGACCCGAGCGACGACACCAAGGGCUUCUUCGACCCCAACACGCACGAGAACCUCACCUACGUGCAGCUGCUUCGCCGCUGCGUGCAGGACCCCGGCACCGGGCUCUACAUGCUGCAGCUGGCCGGCCGGGGCUCCGCCGUGCACGAGCUGAGCGAGGAGCUGCGCGGCGCCCUGCGUGAGGCCCGCGUGACCCCGGACGCGGACGCGGGCGCCCUCCGGGGCCAGAGCGUCUCCGUCUGGGAGCUCCUCUUCUACCGGGAGGUGCCCGAGGGCCUGAGGCAGGACCUGCUGCGCAGGUACCGGGCGGGCACGCUGACCGCGCGGGAGGUGGGGGCCGCCCUCACCCCGCUGCUGGCCCGUGCCGAGGACGGGAGCCCACGCCCGGCGCCCCCGGACCCUCGGGGGGCCCUGCGUGCCGCCACCAUGGAGGUCAAGGUGGGCCGCCUGCGCGGGCCGGCGGUGCCCGUGUGGGACGUGCUGGCGUCCAGCUACGUGAGCGGCGCUACGCGCGAGCACCUGCUGGCCGGCUUCGGCUCGGGGACGCUGGGCCUGCCCGCGCUGACCCGCAGGCUGACCACCAUCAUCGAGGAGGCGGAGGCGGCCGGCGGGACCGAGGGCGCGUCGGGGGACGCCGCCCGCGGCCAGCGGGAGCCCCGGCCCCCCGGGCGCGGCGACGGCGACGCGGGCCCCUCCCCGGCCGGGGCCGACGCCGAGCCCGCCGGCGGCCUCCAGGAGCGGGCCCUGCGUGCCGCCACCAUGGAGGUGCGCGCCGGGCAGUUCCGGGGCCAGCGCCCCUCCGUGUGGGACGUCCUCUUCUCCUCCUACCUGAGCCAGGCCCGCCGGGACGAGCUCCUGGCCCAGCACGCGGCCGGCGCCCUGGCCGUGCCCGCCCUCAUCGCCGUCCUCACCCAGGCCAUCGAGGAGGCGGAGGAGCGGCUGAGCAAGGCGUCCUUCCCGGGCCUGAGACGCCAGGUGUCCGCGUCCGAGCUGCACACGUCCGGGAUCCUGGGCCCCGAGACCCUGCGGGACCUGGCCCAGGGCACCAAGACCCUGCAGGAGGUGACAGAGAUGGACUCGGUCAAACGCUACCUGCAGGGCACGAGCUGCAUCGCGGGCGUGCUGGUGCCCGCCAAGGACGAGCCCGGGCGGCAGGAGAAGAUGGGCAUCUACCAGGCCAUGUGGAAGGGCGUCCUGCGGCCCGGCACGGCCCUGGUGCUGCUGGAGGCGCAGGCGGCCACCGGCUUCGUCAUCGACCCCGUGCGCAACCAGAGGCUGUCCGUGGAGGAGGCGGUGGCGGCGGGCGUGGUGGGCGGCGAGAUCCAGGAGAAGCUGCUGUCGGCCGAGCGCGCCGUCACCGGCUACACCGACCCCUACACCGGGGAGCGCAUCUCCCUCUUCCAGGCCAUGAAGAAGGACCUCAUCGUGCGGGAGCACGGCAUCCGCCUGCUGGAGGCCCAGAUCGCCACGGGCGGCAUCAUCGACCCGGUGCACAGCCACCGCCUGCCCGUGGACGUGGCCUACCGGCGCGGCUACUUCGACGAGGAGAUGAACCGCGUCCUGGCGGACCCGAGCGACGACACCAAGGGCUUCUUCGACCCCAACACGCACGAGAACCUCACCUACCUGCAGCUGCUGGAGAGAGCUACUGCUGACCCUGAGACUGGACUGUUAUUUAUGUCUCUGAGUGGAGUUUGAAUGGCCGUUCUCCUUGUUGCUAUGUAGAGAUAUAAAAGCAUAUGUCAUUAAUUCAAAAUUCUAGGUAUAUUCCAAUUAAUUGUCUUUCUUUUGUCACUCGUGCUAUAUAUGUAUCUGGUAAGGUACCCAAUAUUUUUAUCAUCCCCCUAGUUCCCCCACAUCCCAUUUUGUGUGAAAUAACAUAACCCCCACUCCUCAUACCGGUCUGUACAUCUCCCCGUUUUCUCACUUGUGAAUUUUUAGUAUGUUUGUGUCCUUUGGAUGGAUGUUGAGACAUUUUGUAUUAAACUGUGUUGCAGUAAUAGUUAAAAUAGUUAAAAUUUUUCCCUUUUUUGUUGCUGUUAUUGUAUAUACAUUAGUUUCUUAUAUUCUUUUUUUUUAAAUGGUCUGUUUUCCAUUUUAUUUUUUCCUUUUUUUAAAGUUUAGUUAUGUUGAGAAAGACAAAGAAAACUUGAGGGGCGAGGAGUAAAGAUGAGAGAGAGAGAGAGAGAGAAGAGAGAGAAUCCCCAACAGGAUCCUGAGCGGUCAGCACACAGCCCAAGGUGGGGCUCGAACCCAUGAACUUGAGAUCAUGACCUGACUCAAAACCAAGUGUCAAACGCUUCACUCACUGAGCCAUCCAGGUACCCCUUUCCUUUCCACUUUUAAGAUAUGUCCUGCUUGUGGAUUAACUCAUUUCCUAUCAAGUGUUGUUUUCAAUUCAGUGGUUCAUGGCUAUUUCAGGUCCCUCUUUGGUGGCCGUGUUUCCCAUUGCUGUGCUCAAUAAAGCUCAGCCUGAA